AUGAAUAUUGCUAGUGGUAUACCGAAAUUCUUUCCAUUGACGAUGAUUCAACAAGAAAAUAAUCCAUAUGUGCGAGAUGAUACCAUGUUUAUUAAAGUCCUGGUUGAUUUUGAUGAUAUACCGAAAACCUUGUUACCAUAUGUAUUGAGUCUUAAUCCUGGAUUACCUAUGCAUACUCAACAAUUAGUCAUUAAACAAGAAGCAGAACGAAGAGCACAACAACAAUCUCAACAAGCAUCUGUAUCACUUGUAAAUCGUCUCGGAACAUUGACAAUACCACCGAUAAAUGAAACACCAUCAGCUCAAACAUUAUUUAAUAGACUACCAUCACCGAACGUGACAAAUACUAAUGAUCAAUUACCAGCUUCGAAGAAUAAUUAG